UGUCCUCCGACUCACCUGUCCGUCCUCCCGACUCCCCCGUCUCUCUCCUCAGGUCAGUACACCACGGGCCGCGGCUCCUCUGGCGUAGGGCUAACCGCGGCGGUGAUGCGUGACACGGUGACGGGCGAGAUGACGCUGGAGGGCGGAGCUUUAGUGUUGGCGGAUCAGGGCGUUUGCUGCAUCGACGAGUUUGACAAGAUGGCCGACGCCGACCGCACGGCGAUCCACGAGGUCAUGGAGCAGCAGACCAUCUCCAUCGCCAAGGCGGGGAUCAUGACGUCUCUGAACGCGCGGUGCUCGAUCCUGGCGGCGGCUAACCCGGCGUACGGGCGCUAUAACCCGCGCAAGAGCCUGGAGCAGAACAUCCAGCUGCCGGCCGCCCUGCUCUCGCGCUUCGACCUGCUGUGGCUCAUCCAGGACAAACCCGACGCCGACACCGACCUCAGGCUCGCGCAGCACAUCACAUACGUGCACCAGCACUGCCGGCAGCCGCCCACACACUUCAGCCCCAUCGAGAUGAAGCUCAUGAGGCGCUACAUCAGUAAGUGUAAGCAGAAGCAGCCGGUGGUUCCCGAGUCUCUGUCGGAUUACAUCACAGCGGCGUAUGUGGAGAUGAGGAAAGAGUCUCGGGUCAGUAAAGACACGACCUUCACCUCGGCCCGCACACUGCUGUCCAUCCUGCGCCUGUCCACCGCCCUGGCUCGUCUGCGGAUGGUGGAUGUCGUAGAGAAGGAGGAUGUUAACGAGGCGAUGCGACUGAUGGAGAUGAGCAAAGACUCGCUGCAGGCCGACAAGACCAGCAACACCAGGGCUCAGCGUCCGGCGGAUGUGAUCUUCUCUCUGCUGCGGGAGCUCUCCGGCGAGGGUUCGGCCCGAUCCGUGCGGAUGAACGAGGCGGAGCAGCGCUGUGUGUCGCGCGGCUUCACUCCGGCCCAGUUCCAGGCCGCGCUCGACGAGUACGAGGAGCUGAACGUGUGGCAGAUCAACCAGGCCCGCUCGCGCAUCACCUUCGUGUGACCCGCUAACCUCCGCUAACCGCUAACCCUCCGCUGACUCGUGACUCUGACUCACCCGUUUCUGCUUCUCCCGCUAAUGUGGAAGGAGCAAGUUUGGUCCGUUUUGCUUUUUAAUCUGUUAUUUCUGAAAUAAAUGCUGUAAAUAGA